AUGUCUGAUUCUGCAGUUGCAACGUCCGCUUCCCCAGUGGCUGCCCCGUCAGUGUCAGUUGAGAAGAAGGUGGCCACCAAGAAGGCAUCUGGAUCCGCUGCCCCAAAGGUGAAAAGGGCUGCUGCCCCGCCAUCGCAUCCGCCAACUCAACAAAUGGUGGACGCAUCCAUCAAGAAUUUGAAGGAACGUGGCGGCUCAUCGCUUCUGGCAAUUAAGAAAUACAUCACUGCCACCUAUAAAUGCGAUGCCCAGAAGCUGGCUCCAUUCAUCAAGAAAUACUUGAAAUCCGCCGUGGUCAAUGGAAAGCUGAUCCAAACCAAGGGAAAAGGGGCGUCUGGCUCAUUUAAACUGUCGGCCUCCGCCAAGAAGGAUCCGAAGCCGAAGCCUGCGUCUGCUGAGAAGAAGGUGAAAAGCAAGAAGGUAGCCGUCAAGAAGACCGGAUCCACCGCCAAGAAAGCUGCCGCCGGAGCUGACGAGAAGAAGCCCAAGGCUAAGAAGGCUGUUACCACCAAAAAGAGAAGAAGAAAACCGAAAAGGCAAAGGCCAAGGAUGCCAAGAAAACUGGAACCGUAA